UACAAAAAAAAAAAAAAUAAAGUGUUCAAGAGAAAAAGUGAAUAAUAUUUAUUAAAAUAUUUUAAAAAGUCAUAAAACGUUGUAGAACUUGAAAGUAAAAAAAAACUUCGCCAUCUGUGAUAAUUCGAUCUCUUUUAUUAUUUAAAAUAAAAUGGAUUUUCUGACACGCAAAGUCAAAUCUAGCGGGCAAUUUGAUACACGUCAGUUGAAUGGGGCUGGUGACUACAGCAAAAACAAUCGGAGCGAAACCGCGGUGAGUCCAGCGCCCCCCGCGCAGCGAGACAAAAGUAGCGCUCCGUUCGUCGCCGCCAAGCAGUCGCAAGCGGCCAGCGGUGGAAGUUGUACGUACGACGUUAUGGAGCGUGAUCGCAUCGGACUAUGGGGCUCCGGGGACGGACAGUCGAACAGCCGACUUUCGGGCCUCGACCGGCUCAAACAUCCCGGCCUUAACAAGGGCAUGGCUUUCACAAUUGAAGAGCGUCAGGUGCUGGGUAUACAUGGACUCCUCCCCGCCAGAGUCAAGAGUCAGGAGGAGCAGGUGCAACUGUGUAAACUCUCCAUUGAUAGAUACGAAGACCCACUGAACAAAUACAUUUAUCUUAUGGGACUCUUGGAUCGCAACGAGCACCUCUUCUAUCGUUUCGUUGGUGAAAACGUAUCGGAAAUGAUGCCGAUCGUGUACACACCGACCGUGGGCCUCGCCUGCCAGAAGUUCGGUCUGGUGUACCGCCGACCACGUGGUCUCUUCAUCACCAUACAUGAUAAGGGACACGUGUACGAUAUAUUGAAAAACUGGCCCGAGACGGAUGUCCGAGCGAUUGUGGUAACUGACGGCGAGCGCAUCCUGGGUCUCGGGGACCUGGGUGCCUGCGGUAUGGGCAUCCCGGUCGGGAAACUGGCGCUCUACACGGCACUGGCCGGCAUCAAACCACACCAGUGUCUGCCCAUCACUCUUGAUGUAGGCACCAACACGCAGUCUAUGCUGGACGAUCCAUUGUACAUCGGACUACGUCAGAAGCGAGUCCGUGGCGCGGAAUACGACGACUUCGUUGAAGAGUUUAUGCAGGCCGUCGUACGUCGCUUUGGACAGAACUGUCUUAUCCAGUUCGAGGACUUUGGCAAUGCUAAUGCGUUCAGGCUGCUGGAGAAAUACCGUGGAAAGUACUGCACAUUCAACGACGACAUCCAAGGAACAGCUUCAGUGGCGGUGGCAGGUCUGCUGGCCAGUCUCAGGGUCACUGGCAAGAAACUAUCGGAAAACACCAUUGUAUUUCAGGGCGCUGGCGAGGCCUCGUUGGGUAUCGCGCAAUUAUGCGUAAUGGCAAUGAAAGAAGAGGGAACGUCGGAGGCAGAUGCCAAAGGCCGCAUAUGGAUGGUGGACUCGAAAGGUCUUAUCGUGAAGAACAGGCCUGAAGGUGGUCUCAAUGAACACAAGGAGAAAUUCGCCAAAGACCGUCCUCCGAUCCGCACACUCGAGGAAGUGGUUGAUACGGCUAAGCCCUCGGUACUUAUUGGUGCGGCUGCGAUCGGCGGAGCGUUCACACCGAGCAUCCUGCGCAAAAUGGGCGACUACAACGAGCGUCCCGUCAUAUUCGCGCUCUCGAACCCCACUAGCAAGGCGGAGUGUACCGCCGAGGCCGCGUACAGCAACACAGACGACCGCGCCAUCUUCGCGUCCGGUUCUCCUUUCCCAGACUACCGCACAAAAGACGGUCGUAUCCUGCGGCCGGGGCAGGGCAACAACGCUUACAUCUUCCCAGGGCUGGCCCUAGGGAUCAUUUGCGCCGGCAUUGUCGACAUCUCUGAUGACUUUAUGUUGUUAGCUGCACAGGCAUUGUCCGACAUAGUGUCUCAGGAGAACUUGGAUCACGGCGGCCUUUACCCGCCUCUAGAGACCAUUCAGGAGUGCUCAGUCAAGAUCGCCAAGAAGAUUGUUGAGCACGCAUAUCAAACUGGCAAAGCGUCCGUGCAGCCCCAGCCUCUAGAUACGGAGAAGUUUAUCCGCGCACAGAUGUACGACGUGCGGUAUUCGCCCGCCGUACCGCCGGUCUAUUCGUGGCCUGACGGUUCGCCGCAAGUCGACCGGGUCUAGCGCCAUCCAACCGACCCUGCUCUCAUACAUCGCUCAUACUCGUCCACAUUGCAUACACUACGCACCAAAUAAUUUUGCCAAUGUAAAGUUUGUAGAUGGUUAAAUAAAAAUAUGACUCAAGAACGUAGAUUGCAGCUUGUAUCAAACCAGUUUGAUCGUUUGCAGUCUGCUUUAUGAUCAAUCGUACUUGAUAUAAAAUUAUAUUAAUUAAUAAAAUUAAAAAAAAAAAUUAAUGUGCAUCGUUAAUAUAUAGAAUAACGAAUGUAUUGAAAAUUAAAUGUAUCCAAACAGUUUUACAAAAUCUAUGAUUCUUGAUUCGAUUUUUGCUCUAUGGUCUAUUUAAUCCCUCGAUAUUUUUAAUGUUUCACUCGAUCAGUAUGACCCACAAUUUUAUUUGGUGCGUAUUGUUUUGUAUUGUCUAUUUACUCUAUAUAAAUAAUCUUCGCUGCCUACUAUUAUUAUGAUAGCGUUUUACGUGUAUCCAUUACUGGUAAACGUGCAUUUGUCUACGCAUAAAUGAGGGGAUAUUUUUAUGAUCCCUUACUGCCGCCUCGGCCCCAUCCGCACUGAACGAUCGAUAAUACGAGGACGGAGCUGUCGGAGCUAUUCAUUCGUAUCGUGGACGCCUAGUCUGGUUACGUCAUCGGAAUAUAAAUAGGAAUUUGAUAUCUUUCAUGUUUCUAGGAAUACGACUCAAACUGGCAAGCAGACCUAAUAACAUUUUAUAUAAAGAAUUCUCCUCAUUCCGCUUAUUUGACGCGGAUAAAUGCAUGUUCACUUUUAGGAUGAGAACUUAUGUAAUCAAAGUAUCAACAAAGAAUCUUCAUGCCUACAAAAUUUUUCCUAAACAAUAUUUUGAUAUUUGAGUACCAAUCUCUAUACAUAGAAUUGUGAUAUAGCAAUUGGAAUCCAAUAUUGCCUACAUAGAGUUUAGAAAUGAAACUCUCAUAGAAUAGAAAUAACCAGUUAAAAAAAUACCGUAUGGAUGAUGAUAAUUUAAUUACAAUAAUAUAUGUUUAAAAUGCUAUCAUAUUUUAGGGUAAUUAUGCAAUAAAUUAUUAUAAUUGUUAUAAAUAUGAAAAUAUGGAUAAUCUAUCUUGUCAUCGUAAUUAGCAUUGUUGUGCGUGCAAAACAUUUUUUGUGUAUACGUGAAUCCAAAUUUAAUGUUGUAUUUUAAUUUUAUUCAAAGAAAUCAAAUUUGAAGUAAUUAAUUUUCACUUUUUAUAUAGUCCGACUGGCGUAUAUUAGGAAAAAAUUCUUUUCCAGAGGGAAUUUUAUCCGAAAUACUCAUGCCACUGGACAAUUUAAUGUUUUAAUUUCUCAAAUCAUGUGUCGUCUUUUGUUACGUGUUGGCGUAUUAUUAUUAUGCAAUUGUGUAAGAUAUCAGGUGCUUGUAAUGUUUAAUUGCUUCCUGUAAAGAAUAAAUACCACUGAAUUGUUGGCAUAAUACCUAUUGUGCUAUUAUAUGAUAGGGACAUGGGAUUUAUAAUUUUUUAAGAUGCAAACGAAUAGCACUUGUCAACGACAGAGAAAUUAUGCGAUUAGUGAUUUAAAAUGAACCAUUUCUAUAGCUUUUAGGAAUAGGCAAAAAGCAUAGAAAUUUGGUUUAAUUUCUAAAUACCAAGUACUAAUACUGCAAUGUAGAUACAAUUUUAAAUUUUUUGACUCUACUACUAUGAGGUUUUAAGUAUUGCUUUUUUUUUUUAAUCGUAGUAUAAUACAUUUCAUCACCAUUUCGUAUUACACCCUCUGCGCGAAACAAUGCAGUGGGUAAACUAUUGAUUCCAAAAAGUGACUUGUUUAAACUUCAAAGUAGUUUUUUUAUGGAAUGAAAUUUUUUUAUGAAAAUUUGUUCGUAACUGGUUGUCAAAUUUUUAAAGCAGCUUGUUUCACAACCAUGAAUCAAUAAAGAAAAUACUUGGAAUUCUUCCGAGGAUCUAUUUAGAAAACCUAUUCUCAAACAGUAUCUAAGUACUAUUUUUACAUGUACGUAUCACGAACAAAGCACAUUGAGGUACAAGAACCAAUUUUCUAUUACAAUUUACAUCAAUGCAUGUAUCUGUAUUUUAUGUUCUGAACGAUAUUUUAAUGCCGACCUAAAUUUAUUAAGUUAAUUGUCAUAAUACGUAAAGAUUAGUAUCAUAUUGGUACAUUUCCAACUACUAUACCCAAGUACCUACUGUUUUCCUAAUCUUUACCUAUUAUUGGAGGAAUGUAUAUUUUGUUGAUCUUUGUUAUAAUGAUUUCUAAAUUGUAUCCAUAUUUUGUGUAAAAAAAAAUGGAUGCAAAUUAGUGUCAUACUACUGUAUAUUAUUUUAUUAAGUUAAUAUAUAAACAUACAUAAGAUGUGGUAUUUAUAUGUAAAUUUUGAAAUAAAAUUGAUGAAGUUACAAA